UCAGAGCGGUGGAACUUCCCGAACUGCACUGGAGCAGUUGAUGGGAAGCACAUACGAAUUGCCGCCCCUAGUAAGUCUGGGAGCACGUACUUCAACUAUAAGGGCCACUUCUCCAUCGUCCUAAUGGCCGUUGUGGACAGUCUAUACAGAUUCACACUCAUUGAUGUGGGUGCUGAGGGCCGUCAGAGUGACUCUGGUGUGUUCAAGGCUUCUGCACUUGGACAUCACCUAGAUGCUGGCACCCUAGGCAUGCCUGGAAUGAUGAAACUGCCACAGUCAAAUGUGAUCGUCCCCCAUGUUUUUGUGGGCGACGAAGCUUUUCAGCUGAAGCCAAACUUCCUUCGCCCGUAUUCUGGACAUGGUCUCUCUGUUAAGGAGAGAGUUUUUAACUUGAGGCUAAGCCGUGCCAGGCACUGUGCUGAGAAUGCAUUUGGUAUUCUCGCCUCACGUUGGAGGAUACUGCUGACGACAAUUAACCUCAAGCCAUCUAAUGUGGACAACGUUGUGAAGGCCGCUUGUGUUCUGCACAACUUCCUGGCUGAUUGUUGUGGGGUGCCUUCAGGAGUAGUCGAUCAGGUCGAUCGCUUCGGCAACAUCACCGAAGGGAGCUGGCAUGCCGAAGCAGGGCAUUUCGUUGAAGAACACCGCCUGGAGCGCACUUCUGCACGCAAUCAUAGUAGGGAUGCAGCAAGGUGCAGGGACUUGUAUGCUAACUACUUUGUCAGCAGUGCAGGCCAACUAGAGUGGCAGUGGCCGAGGGUAGGUGCUCAAGGGCCCCAAGAUUAACAUGAUGAAGAUUAUGCCAUUACAAAUAUGCGUAGUGAGAAAACACUGAUCAGGAAGAAUCCCAUCAAACACAGGCAUAUCAUAGUGAUCUAUCAAAUGAGAUAUAAACAGUUUCCUUGGCAUCUCGUGUUACUUUUUUAAAGUUUUUCCUUAUUAAAUUUAACAUAUGGUUAGUCUUACAUUAGACUUACUUGACAUUCCGGAGCGUCUGAUGAUUUCUGUAAAGGACAUGUUUUCCUUAUCAAACCAUAUUAAGAUAGUAGCUUAUGCUGAUUAUACCAGUUUAUCCCUGAAAGGGAAGUGUCUCAUAGAUUUAACAAUAAAAUUGGACAACUUAUCGAUCCCCCACACAUGGUCUAGUAAAACUUAUUUGAUAAUAGACCUCUCCCUGUUUGUAAACAAAUGACAUUAUAGUGUUCCACAGCGCCACCAAUUUAGUAGAGUUGAACUACACUCGAAGCUAUAACAGACUAAUAAAGUCGCGCCUGAACGCCAGGAUCUUG